AAGUAAUAAAUAAGAAAACAAUAAAUAAAAACGAUAAGAUAAAUGGACGGGUCUCCAAUAGAUGUUCAGUUUGCGAGACACCAUCUAAUCCGCACUAUUACGUACAACUUAUAAUCGACUCGUUUAAUUCCUUCAGACUUUUCAGUUCGGAAGAAAUAGAAUUAGAAAUUCGCCAUGUCCCUUGCCUCAGUGAUUGUCGAGACGAAGCCCUUCGAGGGCCAGAACGCCGGGACGAGCGGCUUAAGGAAAAAGGUCAAAGUAUUCAUGGAGAAGCAUUACACGGAGAAUUUCAUUCAAUGCAUUCUUAACACCCUCGGAGACAAAAUUGUUGGUUCCACGUUGAUCGUAGGAGGCGAUGGUAGAUAUUUCUCCAAGCAAGCCAUUAAUACCAUCAUUAGAAUCGCUUCUGCUAAUGGGGUAUCAAAAUUAAUCAUAGGACAACUCGGUUUACUCUCCACCCCGGCGGUUUCCAAUUUGAUCAGAAAUCAAAAAGUCCUAGGCGGUAUCGUUCUCACCGCUUCCCAUAAUCCGGGCGGCAUCAGGCACGAUUUCGGCAUAAAAUACAACAUCGAAAAUGGAGGACCGGCGCCCACUCAUUUCACCAACGACGUCUAUGAACACACCAAGAAGAUCACCUCCUACAAAUUCACCCCUAAAUUGGAAACUGACAGGCUUAUCGAUGUCUUGGGAACCAACACAUUCAAUGUCGACGGUCGCGAUUUCGUAGUGGAAGUGAUUGAUUCCACGGCGGAUUAUGUGAAGCUUAUGAAGGAAAUUUUCGAUUUCAAGAAACUUAGAACGCUCAUUCGCGGUACCGAACAACGUGCGGCGUUCAAUGUACUUAUCGAUUCGAUGAAUGGAGUUACUGGAGUCUACGUUAGACGCAUAUUCGUCGAAGAACUGGGUGCUAGUCCAGACAAUAAUGUUUUUAGAAUCGUACCUUUAGACAAUUUCGGCGAAAUUCACCCGGAUCCCAAUCUCGUGUACGCCAAAGAUUUGGUCGAUAAGAUCCAAGCCAAUCCUGCUUAUGAUAUGGGCGUAGCCUUCGAUGGAGACGGGGACCGUAACAUGAUUAUAGGCAAAAACGCUUUCUUCGUCACUCCCAGCGACAGUUUGGCCGUUAUUGCGAACAAUUUGGAAUGCAUUCCGUACUUCAAAAAGCACGGCGUACGCGGUUUUGCAAGAUCCAUGCCUACUGCAGCAGCUGUAGACAGAGUUGCUGAGAAAUUGGGCAAGGAAAUGUUUGAGGUACCGACAGGUUGGAAGUUCUUCGGAAAUUUGAUGGACGCCGGAAGAUUGUCGCUAUGCGGAGAGGAGAGUUUCGGUACCGGUUCCGAUCAUAUCCGAGAAAAAGACGGAAUUUGGGCCGUACUAGCAUGGUUGUCGAUCAUCGAACAUAAAAACAUGAGCAUAGAGGAUAUUUUGAAGGAGCAUUGGAACAUUUACGGAAGGAACUACUUUACGAGGUACGAUUACGAAGAGGUCGAAAGCGACGCGGCCGAUAAAAUGAUGAAGCACUUGGAAAAUUUCAUCGCUACCGACGGUUUGAUUGGGAAAUCGUUCAGUUCUAAUGGUAAAAGCUACAAGGUAGCUAAAAUGGACAACUUUUCCUACGUGGAUCCUAUUGAUCACAGCGUUACUAAAAACCAAGGUGUUCGUGUCCUAUUUGAUGACGGCUCACGACUAGUCUACAGGCUAUCCGGUACUGGAAGUAGCGGUGCUACUAUUAGAGUUUAUAUUGACAGCUACGAAAAGAAGGAUGUACUAUCUGAUGCACAAGAAAUGUUAAAACCUCUGGUUAACAUCGGUUUGGAGAUAUCUCAAUUGAAACAAUUUACCGGUCGUGAUGCUCCCACCGUCAUCACAUAAGCCGACAAAACUGAUGAGAACUUCUUGAUACAAUAGGGGUAUAUUUUUUAAUAGAUAUUUUUUAGUUUUUUUUUGUGUAUACACUUUUUUGUUACAUAUUUAAAUCAAAUAAUAUAUUGAAAUGUUUUAAUUUGUUUUUUUUUUCUUUUUGUUAAUUUUUAAAUGUUGAAAUUUUUUAGAAAAAUUUAUAUUUGUCAUUCCUAUUUAGCCAGCUAAUAUUUUGUAAUGAUGAAAAACUGCCGCGUUGCUACAAACAUUUGUUAAAGAUGGUACAAUAAAAUAUUCGAUGUUAAA